GAAUGACAAGGCGGAAGUGACGGUUGGUUCUCAGCCUCCUGCAAUUCCAGCGGGGCACCCUUCACCGUGAACCAGUCGGCUCUUGUGGAGUCGCUGCUCCCCCCCCCCCCCAGUUCUAAGGCAUCACCGAAAGUCCAGAAAAAUGGAAGGUGGUGCAUCUAUUGACAUGUUUUCCAAAGUCCUGGAGAACCAGUUACUUCAAACUACUAAACUAGUGGAGAGUCACUUGGAUUCUGAAAUUCAGAAACUGGAUCAGAUGGGUGAAGAUGAAUUGGAACUCCUCAAAGAAAAGAGACUUGAAGCCCUGAGGAAAGCUCAACAGCAGAAACAAGAAUGGCUUUCUAAAGGACAUGGGGAAUACAGAGAAAUUCCUAGCGAGAGAGACUUCUUUCAAGAAGUGAAGGAGAGUGAAAAAGUGGUUUGCCAUUUCUAUAGAGACUCCACUUUCAGGUGUAAAAUACUAGACAGACACUUGGCAAUACUGUCCAAGAAACAUCUGGAAACCAAGUUUUUGAAGCUGAAUGUGGAGAAAGCACCUUUCCUUUGUGAGAGACUGCGUAUUAAAGUGAUUCCCACAUUAGCACUUUUAAAAGACGGGAAAACACAAGAUUAUGUUGUUGGAUUUACUGACUUGGGAAAUACAGAUGACUUCACCACAGAAACUUUAGAAUGGAGACUUGGUUGUUCUGGUAUUAUUAAUUACAGUGGAAAUUUAAUGGAGCCACCAUUUCAGAGCCAAAAGAAAUUUGGGACACACUUCACAAAGGUGGAAAAGAAAACUAUCCGAGGAAAGAAAUAUGAUUCAGAUUCCGAUGAUGAUUAAAGCUCAGUUAUAAAUCUC